UGUUAAAAGCCCAACAAAGAAAAGGGUUAUAUACCGGAAAGCGUCUCUUCCUCUUUCAGUCCCCUACACUACACAUCUCUGUUUUUUAACCUCUUCUCUUUUGAUCUUCCCGGUGUGCAAAAAUGCAGGCUAGUGACAGGUUCAAUAUCAACUCCCAGCUUGAGCACUUACAAGCUAAAUACGUUGGAACUGGACAUGCCGACUUGACUAGAUUUGAGUGGGCAGUAAACAUUCAACGUGACAGCUAUGCGUCUUAUGUUGGACACUACCCAAUGUUGGCGUAUUUUGCCAUUGCAGAAAAUGAAUCAAUUGGAAGAGAACGCUACAAUUUUAUGCAGGUUUGUGCUUGUUGAAAAUGCUUUUCUUGU